CCUUUUAUUACUCAGUUUUGGAGCACUAUCUCUGCAUGCCCUGCUGCUGAAUGAUGACUUGUGUGUGCAAAUUAACCAUGUCCCUAUUUUCAGGAAGCAGGAAGAGAUCCCGUGCCUGUCCUAUUAAUUUCUGAUUGCCAAGGGCAAAAUAUAUCUCUGUAAAACUGGACAACACCAAAAUUUGCAGCUCUACAAACUUGUGGUUGCAAGUCAGGUAUUCUCUGCUAUCCAAUUCUAAAAGAGCUUAAGUCAGGCCAUAAGCUGUGGAAAUAAAUUGUCUUGCAAGGCUUCAGAAUUAAGCUGUAUUGUAGAGCUACAUCAGUCACACACACACACUCCCGCCCUCCCAAAAAGCAACUUUCAGGAUCCGGGGCUGGAGACGAAGUGGUUUUUCUGGAUGUUUGUACUAAGUGGGUGAGCCUGUCUCCUUUCUUUUGUGCUAUAAAAGUGGGGGGAAGGGAAACUAAGGAACAAGGAAGAAGCCAAAAACAUAAGAGCAAGCUGUGGGAAUGCAGCCUUGACCAAAGGAAAAAAAAAAAAAAAGAUAAUUGUUUUUUUUGGGGAGGUCAGAUGGUAGCUAAAGCAGGCCUGGAAUAAUGAUUAGUUAGAGCUACAUUAGUGUCAGAUUGUGUGCAGGGGAAAUGCAAGUUGCUGCAGCUUCCUUUUCCUAUAAAGAACAUAGAGAGGGCAUCAGGCUCCACAAGAAACUUCUGCUAAAAGCACUUCUAAAUGUAGAAGCCUGCUUGAUGGAAGUUAACUGAGUGUUAAAGGUCAAAAAGGUUAUGUAGGAAAAUGGUUCAAAACAGUGGCUUUUAACAGAGCAAAUGACUGAUCCAUCAAGGUGACCAAGAAGUAUGCCAAGCCCGUAUGGUGCAGGAGAAUUAGCAAAUACAAUUUUAAAAUGUGCUGAAGUUCCAUCCACUUCUUGGAAAGUGCUGGUGUGGCUUGUACUUGGAUGUGAAUCUGGGGCAGAAGGGCAGAAGGGAUGGGUUUGGACAGCAGCUGUGAGAUGGUUUGCAGUAAAAUGGUAAUAGCAGAAAAAAACAGAGUGAAGUACUGGUUAUCCUGAAAAACAUGGUUGUAAAAUGGUGGUUUUUUAGUAUAAGGUAGCAAAAAUACAUGAUUUAAAAUGUUGAGGAACCCCUUCCCUAUUUGGAAGAUGGGGAUAUAAAACUGAAACAGCAUCGUGGCAAAAAGCACUGCGCAAACAGAAGACGUUUCUGUUAGGAAUAGGUUUUCUGGGGUAUGUUGGAUGGCUUCAGGCUCCUAGGAUAAGGUGAGGUGGGGGAUAAGGCACCUGGUUUUGUGGGUUAGAGAAACCUUGCUAAAAUCUGUGAGCUCAGCUGGGAUCCUCUGUUGCUCCUGCUGGGGGAAGGAUUAAGCUGUUUUAGGGUGAACAAGUAGGAUUAAGCUGUUUUAGGGAACAAAACACCUGAACCAACAACGAACUCCACUGGAAACUGAGCACAUUGCUCCCAGAAUCAAAGCUGAGAGAGAUGAGGUACCUGCGGGGAAGCCAAGGAAGUUUCAGCAAAGUGAACCAAGUUUAUUUAGGACAGAAAUACGAAACGUGCUGAACGUGGUAGUGAACCCCGUUUUGUGCCUGCUUAGGGCUGUCUGCCUUGCAGGUCCACGAGGUCCGGUGUGAGCUGGGGGUGUUGUGGAGCGAGGAAAAGGUAAAGAGAAGGAAAGCAAAAGGGGUCGGGGGGGUCCCGCUGAGUUUGGGGGGCUCUGCCUGGGCUGCGGGCGAGCUGCGCGCUCUGCUUGCAGAGGAGAGGAAGCAAGCAUGACUUCGGGACGAGAGUUUAAAAUAAAAAAAAAUAGAGAGAGAAUAAACCCAAGGGCACCGAGCCGGCCCUUCCCCUUCCCUGCCGGCAGCUGUGCGCCUCUCCCUGCGAGCAGAGCCGGCUGCGGGCUGGGGGGGCGCCGCCGGGGUGUCCGGGGCGGGGCGGCGGCAGCGGGGCUGCGGAGGGAGCUCCGCCGCUCCCGGCCCUUCCCUUCCCUUCUUUUCCCAUCCCUUCCCUUCCCCUCCGACCUUUUGCCGGCUGGGUGCUCGCCUUGGGCUCCCCGCGAUGCCCCGGCCGCUGCCCCCGACGGAGCUGUACGCGGCGGAGCGGGCGGUGGUGCUGGUCUCCUGCCUGCUGUCCUGCCUGGGCUCCUGCCUCCUGCUCUGCACCCAUGCCCUGUGGCCGGAGCUUCGGACGCGUCCCAGGCAGCUCCUGCUCUACCUCUCCUUGGCCGACCUCCUCUCAGCCCUCUCCUACUUCUACGGGGUGCUGCAGGACUUCGACAGGACGUCGUGGGACUGCGUGCUGCAGGGCGCCCUGUCCACCUUCUCCAACACCAGCUCCUUCUUCUGGACCAUGGCCAUUGCCCUCUACCUCUACCUCACCAUCGUGAGGGGCUCGCCCACGGGGGCCGGCUUGCUCUGCUGCUUCCACGCGGUGAGCUGGGGCGUCCCCCUUUGCAUUACGGUUGCGGCUGUUGCUCUGAAGAAGAUUGGCUACGAUGCCUCCAAUGUUUCUGUGGGCUGGUGCUGGGUCAACUUCGAUGCAGAGGAUCGGGUCUUGUGGAUGCUGCUAACGGGGAAAGUUUGGGAGAUCCUGGCCUAUGUGACUUUGCCAGUGCUCUACAUCCUCAUCAAGAAGCACAUUAACAGAGCGCAUGCGGCGCUCUCAGAGUAUCGCCCCAUUCUCUCAAGAACACCGCUUCAGCCCCGGACUUCCAUAGCAGACAAAAAGCUGAUUCUCAUCCCUGUCAUCUUCAUCAUCCUCCGCAUCUGGAGCACCGUGCGAUUCAUUCUGACACUCUGCAACUCCCCUGCAGUGCAAAACUCAGUCCUGGUUGUCCUGCAUGGGAUCGGGAACACGUUCCAAGGAGGUGCCAACUGCAUUAUGUUCGUCCUCUGUACGCGCGUGGUCCGGGCUCGCCUGCUCUCCUCUCUGUGCUGUUGCCACUAUGAUGACUCGGGUUGGCCUUCAACAAGGUCGAGCAGCACCCGACAGCGCCCAGAUCCUGCUGGGAGCGAGGAUGUGCCAGACCCUGAGCGGACGAAACCUCUGCUUUCCAGCACCUGAGCCUGCGCUGCCCACAGCUCUGCACUGACCUCAUCUCUCUGGGUGCAGGAUCACCCCGGAGUCCCACAGAGGGAGCUAAAGGCUGGGGAGAAGCACCGCUGGAGUGGCCGAGGAAAAUGAAGAUGUCCCAGUCCUGGACGUGCAGAUCCCAGCUGCGGUGGUCCUGAACUUCACUCAGGAUCUUCUGGAAGAUGCUGUUUGGCUGCGCUCCAGCCUCCUGGAUUUCUUCCCUCCUUCUCCUCUCCCUCCACCAUAAAUUUUAAAACUGUUUGGGGUUUUGCUUUUCUGUCUGACAGGGCAAAGAUGUUGUUGUGAGUUCUGGGGUCAACUAAUAGGGGGAUAGGGAAACUGUAGUAGCUGCUGGAUGGGACUGUCCUGGCACGGGUUUCAGUCCUGAGGUGUGAGGCCUCCCAGGGAGCUCUGACCUGGCUCCCAUUUUUCACUUGAAUACAGACGACGGCGUGCAGACUCAUUUGUUUGGUGGCGAUGGAUGGUUCCUCUUCACGUUUUAUUCCUCCUUGGUGGUCAGGGGUCAUCAUCAUCACCAGGGUGCGUGGCAGCUGCAUGCUUUUUGCCUCCUGGGGAUAUCUCAAUUCCGCAGACUCCUGGUGCCGAGGGGCACCUGGGCUCAGCAGCCCGGCCUCCAGUGAGGACGGCCCUCACCGUCCACAGGAGGGUGCCUGGCACGUGCUGGCCUCGUGCUGGCCUCCAGCCAGCCUCUGCCAUAGCACAGCCCAUGGCCUGCUCCUGUCCUGGGAGUGUUUGUCCCGGGAGUGCUGUAUCAGGGCCAGGGAGGGGACGGUUUGUUGGUUGAAGAUACUGCGUUAAUUUAUUUACAGCUCCUCCCUUGCUUGUGUUUUUUUUUAAAUAUUUUCUCCAACUUCUACAAAAUAAAGUUCCGUUUCUUUACCGA